AUGGUAGCGGUGUUUCUAUUGUUUAACAUCGAGUCACCUUCGCGCGAGAAGCUUAACGUUGUGGCUCAGCUCAAGUUUCUCGAUCCGAUUGGGAUUUUCUUCUUCAUUCCCUCAAUAGUCUGUCUCAUGCUUGGCCUUCAAUGGGGCGGGUCAACCUAUUCUUGGUCGGCGCCAACGAUCACCUGUCUCUUCGUGACCUUUGGCGCGCUCUUCAUCAUUUUCGUUGUGGUCGAGAUUAAGACUCCAGAGACAGCCAUGGCGCCAAUGAGGGUCGUCUUGAACCGAUCAGUCGCCGGCAGUAUACUGUACAUGUUCCUGGCUUCUGGAGGUGUGAUGAUCCUCAUCUUCUACCUGCCAUAUUGGUUCCAAGCAAUCCAAAACAUUUCAGCAACGCAAGCAGGUAUCAGGACGCUCCCCCUGAUAUUACCUUUUUUUGUUAGUUGGCAUCGCCGCUGCCGCAUUUACACAGAUGAUCCGCACCUAUGUUCCGACAAUGUUGUUCGCGCCAGUACCUUCCGCGAUUGGGGCUGGACUGCUUUCAACUCUGUCACCGGAGUCAGGACCAGACAAAUGGAUCGGAUAUCAGCUCUUGUUCGGCUUCGGGAUUGGCUGUGGAUACCAGAAUGCGCAGUUGGCUCCGCACAGCUUGGCGGGUCGAUAUAUCUCGCUGUGGGCCAGAAUGUCCUGUCGAGCAGUCUUGUGCACGAUCUGCGAGGAGUCGCGAGGGUUGAUGCCCAAGAUAUCAUUGAAACGGGUGCGACAGAUCUUCGGCACCUUGUAACCUCGGACAAGCUCGAUGCAGGCAUAUCUGUGUAUAGCCAUGCACUCACGCGUGUCUUCCUUGUCGCCGCUGUGACGACCGCCGUCAUGGCGGUAGGUGCAUUCAUGGUGGAGUGGAAGGAGAUCAAAGAGAAACCCACGGAGCAGAGGAGACCAAGUGGUCAACAAAGCGACAUCGAGCUCUACACAAGAAGAGAACCACAUGUGAAAUAUGUUGGCAUUCUCCAGCGUGGAACUGUUAUCUUGACCACGCAUGGCCGAGUUGAUAUCGAAUGCGACUUUACCCCUAAAAUGAAUGGUGGCUGA